AUGUGUCAGGCUAAGUUUUGCUUUCCCAAGUUGCGAAUUUUUGAUCUUUCUCGUAAUGAAUUCAGUGGCUCACUUCCUGAAAAAGUUUUUGGAAACUUCAAGGCAAUGAUCAAAUUAGAUGACGCAGACACGAGAGAGAUCAAGUACAUGGAAUCUAAGUCGAAUUUGUCAUUUGACACAUUGUAUGAGGAUUCAGUGAGUUUGGUAAUCAAGGGGAAGGAUAUUGAGCUACAAAGAAUCAGCACAAUUAUGACAACCAUAGAUCUCUCAAGCAACCAUUUUGAAGGUGUCAUUCCGAAAACACUAAAGGACCUCAACUCACUUUGGCUACUAAAUUUAUCCCAUAACAAUCUCAUAGGUCAUAUUCCAAUGGAAUUGGGGCAAUUAAAUACACUUGAAGCUUUAGAUCUCUCCUGGAAUCGGCUCACUGGAAAGAUUCCGCAGGAAUUGGCAAGAAUGAACUUUCUGGCCUUCUUAAACGUCUCUCAAAAUCAUCUCGUCGGACCAAUUCCUCACGGCCUACAGUUCAACACAUUUGAAAAUGACUCGUAUGGCAGCAAUCUUGAUUUAUGUGGUCCUCCUUUAUCAAAGAAAUGUGAAACAAUUGGUUCAUCACAUGUUCCUCAACCAUUGGAGUUUGAAGAAGAUGAAGACCGAUUGCAUGUUCCUCGCCCAUUGGAGUCCGAAGAAGAAGAAGAGUCGUAUUUUGCUAGUGGAUUUACGUGGCAAUCAGUGGUCAUAGUUGUUGUAACUGUCAUGUGGAGCCUCAUGUUUAAAGUGUUCAAAUUUCCGACAACUUUUGUUGUUGGGAUUAUGAAUCCAGGCAUUAUGAUUACCCAAGAACAAAGUCUUGGAAUGAGAGUAGGGAUUGCUGCACUUGGGAUGGAGUCACUUGUCACAUGUUAUCGGGUUGGACCUUAG